AUUCGCCGGAGCUGGGGAGGCGAGGCGGGAGCGCCGAGCUGGGGCCGGGCCGGAGCCGGGCAGCGGGGACCCGCGCAGGAGGAGGCGGCGGGGACCCCGGAGAGUCCCCAGCAGGGCCCCUGGGCGCCCCGAAGGAUCAUCAGCCGCCUGCCCUUCCUGAGAGGAGGGAGCUCUGGGCCUUCUUCCCGCCAGUCUGGUCUUCGAGCACCUUCAGGACGGAUAGACCUUGGCACGGGCUGCCUGAGAUUCCUGCGACGCCUGUCUGUUCCUGCCUUCUGCAGAGCAUGGCACCCACAGGAUUCCAGGACGGAUCAUAGACCGGAGCCUCUGGGAGGGCGCCCUGCGCAGCUCACUGUGCAGUUCCUCUCCGCUGACCAGCCACCAUCCUCCAAGGCCGGCUGCCAUCCCGGAAAUGCCCUCGGGCACCUGGAUGAGGCCAUCCCAGAGCCGGACCCAACUGUGCCACCCACCAAGCCUCCGCCUCAGCCCCUCAGCCCCUCCCAUGUCCGGCUCCCAGGACAGACUGUAGAAUGUCUGUGCCCCAGAUCCACGUGGAAGACGUGGGUGCAGAGGAGGAGGCAGGAGCCGCACCGCCCGAUGACCACCUCCGGAGCCUGAAGGCCCUCACUGAGAAACUGAGGCUGGAGACCCGGAGGCCUUCCUACCUGGAAUGGCAGGCCAGGCUGGAGGAGCAGACCUGGCCCUUCCCAAGGGCGGCUGCAGCUGCGGAGCCACAGGCGAGCAUGGAGGAGGGGGAGCGUGGGGGGCAGGAGCCCUUGCUUCCCCUGAGAGAGCCCGAGCAGCAACCCCCUCCUGCCAGGAGUGCCAGCCAGGACACCAGACCCCUGUCCAGUGGCAAGCUGGAAGGCUUUCAGAGCAUAGAUGAAGCUAUAGCCUGGCUCAGGAAGGAACUGAUGGAGAUGCGGCUGCAGGACCAGCAGCUGGCCAGACAGCUCAUGCGCCUGCGCGGGGACAUCAACAAGCUGAAGAUCGAGCACACCUGCCGCCUCCACAGGAGGAUGCUCAACGACGCCACCUACGAGCUGGAGGAGCGGGACGAGCUGGCCGACCUCUUCUGUGAUUCCCCUCUUGCCUCCUCCUUCAGCCUGUCCACGCCACUCAAGCUCAUUGGAGUGACCAAGAUGAACAUCAACUCUCGGAGGUUCUCUCUCUGCUGAGGAGCCCUCAGACUGGGCCGAGGGGCUGGAGCGGAGUGCUUGGGCUGGAGGGAUGUUGGAGGAAGCUGAAGCCAAGUUACUCCAGUGGGUCUCCCUGAGGCAAGGGUCCUGGGACUGGCAACUCAAGGGCCCCAGGACCUAUUCAGUGGUGCUCUCCCAGGGGCCCUGGGUGUGGGUCCCAGUGUCUCUGUGACUGGCUCUUGCUUAAUACCCAAAGAGCUCUGCAGAAGGGCCACUCCAACCAGAUGUUAAAUGAGACCUGGGUUCCCACCAGAAUCCAUCCCUCCAUGGUCAUGUUCCUGUUUCCUGGAAUGACUGGUGCUAUGAACUGGGAUUCCCAAGGGGAGCCCCCCGACCCAAAGCUGUCAUUCUUGCAGAAGGCUCUCCCUCAAGGGCCUUGGGGAAAUUAG